UCUCCAGGGGCGGUUGCUCGCAUCCUUUGCUUCUUCGGGAAAUAAAAACAAUAAAAUUUAAAAGAAUAAAAUAGUAAUCUCUCCUUCGGCGUUAAAAGGUAAUGAAAAAUUAAGAUAAAAAAAAGGAGGAGAAACCCCAGAGAAUUAUAUAAAACCCAGAAACCGAGGAUCCCCCUUCCCUCUUCGCCUCGCCGGUUCCUUCCUUGCAGAUCCGAAAGUCCAAAACCCUAGCAGAGCUCGAAGGAGGACCACAAGGAAGAGGACGAGCAGGUAUCCAUCUUUGAUCGAGCUCCGGUGGUAGCCUCGAUCGAUUCAUCGCCUUCUCGUUUGAUCUCCUCGUCUGUGAUCCGCGUCGAUCGCAGGGAGCCGACUCGAUUGGGUCGCGUUCUGAGGCGUUUUUUAAUCGCGGUUGAGAGCUUUGUUCUCCGAGAUGGCUGCCCCGCAGACGAGCGCCGCCGCCCCUGGAUCUCCCCCCUCUGCCCAAGUGGUUGGGAACGCUUUUGUACAGCAGUACUACCAUAUCCUUCACCAGUCGCCGGAGCUGGUGUACCGGUUCUACCAGGAGAGCAGCAAGCUCGGACGGCCCGAGGCUUAUGGCGCCCUGAUCUCCGUCACCUCCAUGAAAGCGAUCAACGAGAAGAUACUGUCUAUGGACUUCCACAGAGCGGAGAUCAAGACAGUGGAUUCCCAAGAUUCGCUCGACGGUGGGGUGUUCGUCCUCGUGACGGGAUAUCUCACUGGGAAGGACAAUGUCAAGAGGGAUUUCACCCAGUCUUUCUUCCUGGCUCCCCAGGACAAAGGCUUCUUCGUUCUGAAUGACAUAUUUAGGUAUGUUGGAGAGGCCGAGCGCCAACUUGGAAGCCAGGGUUUGGAGAAUGGCGCUGGUGCUCCUCUUUCGCUGGAGCAGGAUUCCCCUCCACAAGAGGAGCAACAUGUUUCAGAGCCAGAGUCCUGUCCGCAAGAAGAGGAGGAGGAAGCCAAUGAGGAGGAAGUGUCCAACCCUUCGGACAAUGGAGAGGGUUCAGUCGUGGAGGAGGAGGAACUGGUUGGUGAGGUGAUUGAUGAAGCACCAAACAGUUCGCAGGCAGUGAUCUCUGAUGCAGCUGCUGCUACUGUUCAAGAAGAGGCACCAAAAAAAUCAUAUGCUUCAAUUGUGAAAGUCAUGAAAGAAAUUGCUGCUCCAUUAUCAGUUCCAACAUCUGCUUCUGCUAGGCCACCACCUGCUAAACCAGAAGGUCAGGCAGCCCCUGCUCCUAUGGCAGCUACAGCACCUGAUAUUCCUGCUGCUAAUUCUAGUGUGGUUGAAAGCAACAAUGUACAAGAGGCAGAAGCUGAUGGCCAUUCAAUAUACAUAAAAAGUUUGCCUUUGAAUGCUACACCCGAUCAGCUGGAAGAGGAGUUCAAGAGGUUUGGUCGUAUUAAACCUGGUGGCAUACAAGUUAGAAGCCAUAAGCUUCAAGGGUUUUGUUUUGGUUUCGUGGAGUUUGAGGAGGCUAAUGCAGUCCAAAGUGCAAUAGAGGCUUCGCCUAUAACGAUAGGUGGUCGCCAAGCUUUCGUUGAGGAAAAGCGGACCACUAGUUCACGAGUUGGUAACAGAGGAAGGUUUGCACCUGGCAGAGGGGGCGGAUUCCGGAACGACGGAAUAAGGGGGCGUGGAAUUUACAGUGGUGGGAGGGGUUAUGGUAGGGGGGAUUUCAAUAACAGACCUGAUUUUGGAGGCAGGGGUGGUGGUCGGGGCCGUGGAGGUGAUGUUGGAUAUCAAAGGGUUGAUCAUAUGGGAUCAAAUGGUGGGCGCGGAAGCCGUCCUGGAUCAUCAUCCAUCAGUGCAACCAAACAUUGAAUAAAGGAGCUGCUCGCCUUUGGAGUUCCAUUUCAAGGUUGCGGACCAUCUGCUCCUAAAAUUGUUUGGUUUGAAUACAUCAAGCACCUUUUUUCUAUUGUGUUCACAUGAGGAUGCCAGAAGCUUUCCUAUAGAUUGUACGGUUUCCCUAGUUCUUUUUCCACUAUUUUUGGCAGUGAGAAAACUUUUGUAGAAUAUGGAUGCUAUUCCAACAUGGCUUCACUGCAUUAAUUAGCUGACGUCUCUGUUUCAGUUUAGGACCUUAAUAUUUGAUUCUCCUGACCAUUGAGCAUUAUGGUAUCGUUUUGCCUUUCCACUUUGUGUUCAUGAACAACCGGUUGAUUUGUAUUGGGAUUUUGAUAAAAUGAUAAGCUAGUAGAAAACAAUUAUAUGUUCUGAA